UUGAAGCAAGUUGCAGCUUGUGUCUGUUGCUCCCCCAACCAGCUGUUUACACAUGCUUGGUAUAUAAACGCUUGAUUCAAACCCUUUUCUUGUCCGAGUUCCAAUACAGUUUACCUGUCACCACAUUGGACACGAUCCAUGUUUCUAGCCAGGGAAGCCAAGCUACAGCACACUCCACCAUGCUAUCUCUGCUUGCAAGCAUUGUCUGGUUGCUGAGUGCUGCCAGUGCACAGGUAGCACAGAGUGGAAAAACUGCCAGUGCACAGGCAGCACAGAGUGGACAAAGUAACAUUGUGAUAAACAUCACCAAUGGUAACCCAAUCCAUGUCCCAGAAGGGGACACGGCUCAGAUAACUGCACGUUGCAAGUCUGUUCCCGAUGCAGAUAACACUACAUUGAUCAGGAACGAUGUACCCGUGACAUCAAUGGUGAACUGCACAUGCAAAGAGGUAGCUCGUAAUUGUACAUUCACUCUCCAAGGUGUCACACGAAGCCAGUCCGGGACAUACCAGAUCUACGUCAGCAAUGCGCGAGGAGAAAUGAAGAGUACCGCCACCAAGGUUGAUGUUAUGUACGCCCCGAUCUGUACCUUACUUCAGAACACACAGAGGACGGUCAUAGAAGACGAGAGUGUAACGUUCGAUGUAUCUGUAUCAGCGCACCCUCAUGUCUCCUCCGUCCAGUGGUUGCAUCAGGGGAACCCCAUCAACAAAACCAACCCCAGAUACAGUGGUGGCACAGCCGCCAUGCCAAAUCUUACUAUAGGUCCAUGUUUCAGGCAUGAUGCCGGGGUGUAUAACUUUACGGCUAGCAACAACGUCAGUGGGCUCAUAAAAUCAAACUGCACAAGUAAUAUCACUGUCUACUAUGGUCCUGAGCUAGACUGCUUCAGCCCACCCACUGUAACAAUCAAUGAGACGGAACUUUAUACCUUUGAAGUUAAUGUUACAACUUAUCCGAAACAGUCACGUGUCGACUGGUUCAAAGGGAGUAACUCCAUAAACAGAAAUGACACACGUUUCCACCAGGGUAACGUCAACGUUCCGUCCCUAACGCUCAUCAACGCUAACCGUAAGGACACCGGGAGCUACAGCAUCAGUGUCACAAACAAAGACACUGGACGUUCGGUUCCAGGCUGUCGUACCAACCUUACAGUUCAGUACCGACCAAGCUGUACUCUCCUACUUCCCACUACAUACGAGAUAACAGAAGGUAGCAGCAUUACAAUAAACGUCACAGUGAUGUCCUUACCUCCCCUAACGUUUAUGGAUUGGUUCCUGAACGGCACCGCCAUAUCCAGGAACAAUUCUCACUACAGUGGCGGUAACCACACGGUCCCAUCCCUGACCAUAGAUGGCAUACAACGGCAUGACACUGGGUUUUACUCAAUGCAUGCCAACAACACCGUGGGUGAAGGUGUAGAUGACUGCGUUGUCUUCCUUCAAGUUCUCUAUCGCCCCGAAUGCAUUAUUAUUCUCUCAAACACAACACUGGAGGUCGUCGAGCAUUCUUCAAUCACAAUCUCCGCCGCCAUCGACGCCGUCAUGCCACCAAACGUGGUAGACUGGAAACUCAACGGCACCCCGGUCAACAGGACUGGGGACCGGUACACAGGAGGCAACAGCUAUCAGAACACGUCGUUGAACAUUUCGGCCAUAACCCGUCGCGAUGCGGGUAUAUAUACCCUUACUGCUUCAAACGAUGUCGGAAUUGUUGUGAAUGAAACGAGCUGCAACGUCAAUGUUGUCGUACAGUAUUUAGACAACUGCCCCAACCGGACCUAUACAGCGUGUGAGAAUGGAACACUAACCCUUCAAUGUUCGGUCAGAUUUCUGCCAUCCUUGAGUAAUGUGACGUGGAAAAAGAACGGGGUUAUACUGGAUGUAUCCAAUCCCCGGUAUAGCGGUGGAACCGUAUCUUCACCUGAUCUGACAAUUUCCCCAGUUCUGAGAACUGAUGACGACGACUACACCUGUGAAGCUGAGAACGUCGUUGGGAAAGCUGGCUGCAUGAUCACACUGGAUGUCUUCUCUCGGCCUGACGUCCACGUGCCUCGAAGAGACAUAAUGUUGGUAGAAGGACAAACUUCAUCCUUAGGUUGCUCUGUGGAUAUGCGCGUUAAACCCAGUCCCGCCGUUGUCCACUGGUUUAAAGAUGGCGUCCAUCUCGACCCUCACUUUGGUCGGUAUGAUAACGGUGAUAUAUACAACCCAAGUUUGACAAUCACUGACAUCAAACGUGAGGAUGCUGGGAUAUACUCGUGUGGAGCAGUCAAUGGUGUCGGCGACAGUCAGUCUGACCCCAUCAAUGUCACAGUAGAAUAUCCGCCAACAGUCUUGGUGAAAUUCAAUCACUACGGUUUCUACCAGGGAUCUAAUGUGAUGUUGUGGUGCUAUGUCAACUCCUACCCACUCGUGUCCCCAGCAGACAUCACGUGGGUUCGUGAUGGGAAAUUUGUAAUCCCUAGUUCUUCAUGUCGUGACGUCAGACCCAACUGGCGGAUGUGCAAUGUGGACACCAGUACAGCUGGUAAAUACAUGUGCAGAGCUAACCAUCGAUUGGCAUCUGUUAAUAGCGAGGACAUUACUGUACAAGUGAGAGAUAUGUGUCCCACAAUUGUUGAAAGGCAUACGCUAGCUGAUGAAGAUAGAAGUAAAGAUGGGUGUGUCAGCGGUCGCCUACAAGUCCAGUUGAAAGGAACGUCAUCUUGGGGUACUGUCUGUGGCAGGACCUGGACUUCGGCGGAAACGGAAGUUGUCUGUGGCAUGAUGGGAUACCCAUAUGGCGAAUAUUCGAUGAGAGGUGGAGGUGUCCAACCCAUUCAUCUCGGGGACGUCACUUGUUUAACAGGGGCGACAACCCUGAAUGAAUGUCGACUGUCAUCCAUUGCAAACUGUUCUCAUGACAAUGACGUCUGGCUGACAUGUUGUAAGAGUAGGGUCACAUCUCCAGUUGUAGUUGAGACGGUGCCGACGACCACAACACCUGUCCCCCCAUCAACAUCAGCAGGACCGAUUGACAAGUGCAAGGACACAGUGAUCUCUGUAGCCGCUGUAGGCGGUGCCCUCCUUCUCACAACCACCGGCCUGGCAAGCAUCUUGCUACGUGAAAAAUGCAGCGCAUGCAGUUCGUGUGGUUCCUGUGAAGGCUGUAAUCUUGGGAGUGUAGUGUGCAACAACGAAGGGAAAAACUCACUGUGCUUUUGUCGUAGUAAUAAGAUCAGUGAUGGUGGUUCCCACAGCGGUAGCAACAGUAGUGAAGAGGACGAAGAGGUGAUCGUAGUGAUUACAAAGAUAGGAGGAGCACUUGCGUUUUCUGACAAGAACCAUAGAAAACUAAAGGGUGUUGAGUGUAUAUGCGACUUGAUACGACUACAUGAAUGUCCGAAUUCCGAAAGUCUUGGACACAUUAACGUUGGGGAGAGCAAUCUGAGGAGCUCCUGUCAAUGCACUCACACGCCACACUGCGACUGUGACACUCAUACGGAAACCCCUACUUCAUCGAUGCCACCUUUAUCUACGUCACCAACAAGACAUCCUCCAGAACAACUAGAAGCCACGGUUUCAGAACGGAAGAUUUCAAUAUCCAACUCAGACACAUGCGAUGAAGAAGAGCCCCAUCACUAUGCCGAUAUACACACCGAAGAUGAAACCAGCCGUUGCGGCCUUUCAAGACCUGAAUGUGACGCCGCUUACGAAACGAUUGAACAUAGAAAAGGACUGCAGCCUCUACAAAGUUCAAGCUUCUAUGCCGCUUACGAAACGAUCAAACAUAAAACAAGACGGCAGACUCUACACAGUCCCAGUUACUCUAACGGAAGAACGAUAUCUACUAGUCAUGGAGACAUCAUGACAACAGAUAACAGCCUUGACUCAUCCCUCUCCACUCCAGCGAUUGUUGAUGCCGCAAGACACAGGAGGCCUUCCAAUGAAAAUGAAACUGGCAGACGUUCCAGCAGUGCAGUCGGUAGGGCAUGGGAGACACCAGCCCCUCGGCAAAAACCUACAGCUGAGAAUGAUUCCACAAGCUUGGAUUCUGAUGACCUAUAUGCAUCUGGUUCGUCUGCUUUGAAGGGAAGAGCAAUGCAAAAAAUGCUGCCCACGGAUGAUGAUGUGUAUGGCGUAAUCGAUGGCCAUGUUCCGCGGAAAGGUAAGAAUGGAAAGAAGAGGAACAGAUCGAAAUCGAGGGAUUCACGUACAAGUUCCCGGUCCGGAUAUCCCGUGCUGUAUGAUCCUCGCAUUUUUAGAUCCAUGGAGGAUUAAUUGUAACGACGGUUGCAAUAGGCAAGGUUUGAAUUCAUCCGAAAGGGAAACAAGCGAUUAAAUCUUAGGGACUGUUGAAGCUAAAACCUAAUAUGUAAAUAUAGAAAAAUGACGAUGUGUGAAUAUGAGGUAAACAUCCUCCUCAUACAACACGGCAACUGUGUGAAUAAUACUUCGUGAUUCUGUGUAAGUCAUUAUCAACGUAUACUUAUUUCCUGCAUAUUUCCAUUUUCUGAAACGUAAAUGUGAGAAAGCUCACAGAACCUCAACAUACAAAUAAAUGGUAGGGACAAUUUUGUGUUUCUAUUUGGCAAUAGGAGUCUCCCUGCACCCUGCUGUCAGUAUCCUGAAAAUAAGUCUUCUGACUGGUCGCUAAUAUACGAAGUUUCUGCAGCAGUUCUGAUGAGUUCGUCAUCAUUGAAAAAUCUGGUUCGACGCGGGUGUGACUUCAAAUUUCGAAACAUGUGAGAUUUGCCAUGUGCCUAUUUUAGGCUUCACUCCACUCGUUGAUGAUGAGGAGUAUUAGACAUGUGUAAAUGGUCAAGAUUAUAUUACAAACACUUCAAUGGCUUUUCCCAUAUUCACAAGCUAUUUUUCUCAAAUUAGACAUCAUUAACACCUCCACUAUUGCGAUGAUAUCAUUUGGGAUAUUUGUCAUGCAUUCAUGAAUUUUGGUCGCGUUGACUCCCUCUUUGGUGAGAAACAUUAUCACUGCUCUGUUCUCAUUUGUUGUUUUCCAUGAUUUCAAUAGGGUACCUCGAAUAACACUUGAAUAACAAUAUCGAAAGGUGCGAGAUGCUUGAACGUUCGUUGCUAAUUCAUCAAUAAUCCAAGUGUGAAAACUCAAUAUCAACACAGCUGUCUUGUAAAUGUAAGUAGUGAGUAGGAAGCUUUUGACCGCCCCUCAUUAGAAGAUGGCUUGUGAACGUUUCAUUUUUCAGUUCCAAGACAAGUGAAGCAACUCAUGCUUACGUUACUUUCGAGUGACCUUUGUUACAUACAAAGAAAAAUGUAGCUUUUUUUAGAAUAAUAACAACCGUUACGAUAAUAAUAUACCUCUCUCUACGAUAUUUUUAAUUCUAAUCUGCAAAAGCAUAAUACAAUUAUGUUGUAUUUCAUCUUAAUCUGUGAAAACUAUGUUGCUUUAUCAUCACUACGCAUUAGCUAUAUAACCGGAGUUUUCUGUCAGUCUUUUGUAUUCAAGUUUGCUGAAACAGUUUUACCAUUCAAUCAUUAAUGAUACAAUAUUAGAGUGUCUUACAUAAUUACAAGGAACAUCUUUUCCGCGAUCAGCUAAAACCACAAAUUUAUUGUACAUUUUCUGACAUUUUCUUCAUAAACAUCACCAUGGUUAGUACACACAACCUGGAUCAAAUUCAUAGUGUUCUCAACCGUGGGCUUUUAAGACGCAGAUUCGUUUGAAACAUGUUUAAUAUUGACUUGUAUUAUGGGCUUUUGGAGUUUAUAGAAUAUUCUUGUUAAACAAAUGAUCAACUGUAAACUAUCUCACUCGGUUUAAAAAAUCAAUUAAAAAUCAAUUUAUCCUUGAAAAAUAGCCAUCGAUAAUACAUUCUCGUUAUAUACCAAAACAUGUAAGGGAUAUUGGAUUUACAAGAUUGAUAAAAUGCAAAUGAUGAAGCCAAUGAGGAAAGAGAUGAUGAUGAGAAAUUAUGACAAGGAAAAUGUGACAAUUUAUUCCAUUCCUUUGGAAAUGUUUGGGUAUAUAUUUCUUUUCCCCAUAUGCAUUUACAUUGGCUAGUGUUAUGCUCGCAAAAUGGAAUAUCCCCUACAUUUUGUGAAUGGUAUAUUUGGAGGAAAUGCAAACAACAUGGCUGUCCGAAAAUGUUUGAAAACACAUAGUCCAACACUGAAAACAUGAAAAUAAAUGUAUAUUAUUUCCAUAGUAUUUACAUUUGGAAUAGGAAUGUAAUAGAUUGUUGAUAUUUGGUCUAUAUCUGUUUUAGUUAAUCAUUAAACGAGCCAGCCUUGGGUGCAUUUCAACUAUAUAAUGAUAUAUACUCUGACGUGUUUUGCAUGAAUUCAUAAUACGCUGAUGUAAAUCGCAAUAAACAAAUAUGCACUUA